GGAAAGGGAAGAACCAAGAAGGACUUUGGAAAACUUUGUAAUCAAAGCUUCAAAAACCCUACAUUUGAAAUUCCCAGUUGCUUCUUAUGAAUCCCACCUAUUUUUCUUGUUCUGCUAAAUGUGCAAGAGUUGAGGGCUUUUUCAGCUGACCUCCUUUGCUGGUUCCAGCCUGCGGCAGGAGAGGAUGUACAGGCUGCACGGCCAUGAGUCCGUGCACGUGGAGAUGGUCUUGAUCUUCCUCUGUGCCCUGGUCAUCGCCCAGAUAGUGCUGGUGCAGUGGAGACAGAAGCAUGGUCAUUCCGACAACCUGGUGACCCUGUUGCAGAUGUGGGUUGUCCCUUAGUUUUUCACAAUAAAACUUUACUGGUGGUGAUUUCUGUCUAUGUGGGGAAUGUUCUCAGUUAUUACCAGCUACAUCCUCUGCAGCGCUACCCGAAAACCCCUCUCAGGGAGAACACCACAAUUGGUCUACAAAUGGUUUCUUCUCAUCCAAAAAGUCAGCUGUACAUUUGGUGCUGUGGGUUAUUUGGCUAUCAUGUUUACAAUGUGUGGAUUCAAUUUAUUUUUCAAAAUCAAGGCUAGAGAUUCCAUGGAUUUUGGCAUCAUGCCCUCGUUCUAUGGCCUCUACUAUGGGGUAAUGAGGAUAGACUUUGCAGAGAUCUGCUCAGUUUACAUGGCUUCUACUAUAGGGGAAUUCUAUAGAGUCAGUGGGAUGCCCACCAGGAGCUCGUCAGACGACAUCGGGGCCGCCUGUGGGCAGAUCACUGUGGUGCUCAAUGAAGAAGGACUCACUGAAAACACCUACCAGCUUUCGUGCAAGCGUGUCUUUCAUGAAUUCUGCAUCCGAGGUUGGUGUAUUGUUGGUAAAAAGCAGACGUGCCCUUACAGCAAAGAGAAGGUCGAUUUGAAGAGGAUGAUCAAUAACCUCUGGGAGCUCCUCCACACACACUUUUUAUAUGGACAAAUCCUGGACUGUUAUCUGGUGGCCUGGCAACCCGUGGUGAUAGGAAUCUUCCAAGGCAUUAAUUAUUCACUAGGUCUGGAAUAG